CCCCCAUAAAAUCCUUUCCCCCUUGUCUCUCUCACCUUUUUCUUAUCAGCUCCCUGUUUGGUUUCUGAGAAAAUUUAAUUUACAAACUUUCUCAUGAAAUUUUCUUCUCAAAUUACACCACCACCGUUUUGGGCACUUCAAUUUCUGAGAAAUUGAAAGUAAAACCAGCUUAUAACAUAACUGACACAGAAUCUCCUUUUCUUUUCUUGUAUUUUCUCAGAAGCCAAACAGGGGUUUGUUAUUUUGGUUGUGUUAUAUGAUUGAGGAUUAGCUCUGUGUUAAGAUGAAAUAGUAAGCUAUGGUUUGCAAAGAUUAUAGCGUUGUGAAUAUGAACUUUUGAAUGUAUAAAGGGUUUCUGUGGCGGUUUAGCCGUGAAUUGGAUUAAUUAUCUUAAUUGGGGUUUUAAUUAGGGUUUUGGCUUUGGGUGCUGUUUCUUAGUUGCUCCAACUUCAGGUAGUAAUUGUGUUGUGAAGGUAAAUGAAGAUGAUAAGUGGAGCUUUAAGUCUUAGUGUUUGUGUAUUAGCUGAGAGAAAUGGAUCUUGCUCCAUUUGCUCGGUUCCUCGAAAAGUACAAGAGGAAUUGAAAUGCAUUGUGAUGCAUGGUGAUGUUCCUCUGGGAAAAUUUUCGGUGCAUUGAUGGUUUUCUGUUGAGUCUCGCAAUUUGGUUUUAGGAUAGCGAGAGGAAAAUGCUCGAAAGUGUUCUUUCAACGAAAACCUAUAUUUCGUUGUUCUUUCAUAUAACCUUUAGAUUAACAUAUUUUCUUGAUUAGAGUCCUUCAUUUGUCAUGAAUUAAGAAUGACAGUUCAUGGGAAGAAUUGUAAUUUGAAACAGCGGACAAAUUCCACAGAUACGUCUUUCUUAGAAUCUCUCGAGUGAAAACAAACUGCGGGGUGUGAGGCUCUUUCUGUAAUGAUCUCUAAAUUCUAGUAUUGGACAUAUUGGAAAAUGCUGGGAUUAAGAGCUUAAUUACAGAUCUCUUAAUUUGAUCUGAGUGGGUUAAGAGUGCAUGAAAAGGUUUCAAUUCUAAUGUAAAUGAAGUUUUUUUAUUGCUGGUUCUUUCUUACUGCCACAGUUUCCAAUUGACCUCAUUCACAUAUGUAUGUGAUGCUUCCUGGAGCUGAAAUUCAACGUUUAUAGUAUAGAAGUUAGAGGCAAAAAUAGAGUGUAAUCGAUUCCUUGUGAAAUUUGAUGGAGCUAAUACACUGGGGGAUAUUUUCUGUAGUUGGCAGUAAUGGAAAUGAUACCGGUGGACCCUUAUGGGACGAAUCCUGGACCAAUUGAUGGCUCAGUGCUUUAUGAUCAGGACAAGCAUGUGUCUUCAGCAGUUUGGGAUGGACAGGAGCGUGGUGCACUCAGAUGCCACGAACACACUUCAAAGCUUGAUCAAUGGACACUCACGGAACAGGUUGAGUUGGUAGAGAAGGCUGGAUUUGGUUAUUUAAGAUGGAUUCCGGCAAUUAGUCUAGAUAACCCGCUGAUUUCUGCACUAGUUGAAAGGUGGAGGAGAGAAACAAACACUUUUCACCUUAAUGUUGGAGAAAUGACGGUAACUCUUCAGGAUGUCACACUAUUGCUCGGACUAGCAAUUGAUGGAGAACCUGUAAUUGGUAUAACACAUACCACCUGCAACUCAGUUUGUGACAGGUAUCUUAGAAAAGUACCAGAGCCUAGUUAUACUAGCGGUGGAAUGGUGAAGCUAAGCUGGUUGAAGGAGUUCUUUUCCCAUUGUCCCAAAGAUGCACCACUUGAAGUGAUUGAAUGUCAUACCCGUGCGUACCUCUUAUACCUUGUUGGAAGUACAAUAUUUUCCACAACUACUGGGAAUAAAGUCCCUGUCAUGUACCUUCCACUGUUCGAGAAUUUUGACGAUUGUGGGAGAUAUGCUUGGGGGGCAGCAGCAUUGGCAUUCUUGUACAGGGCACUGGGCAAUGCGUCCCUGAGAUCUCAAAGUACAAUUAGUGGCUGUUUAACGCUACUACAGUGCUGGAGUUACUUUCACCUAAAUAUUGGACGACCAAAGCUCAUAUACUGGUCAAUGCAUGAUCGUUUUCCUUUUGUGCUUAGCUGGAAGGGAAAGCAAAGUGGGCCAACAACAAACCGUGAUGUAGUGUUUUACCGUAAAGCUCUGGAUUCCUUGAAACCAUGUGAUGUGGAGUGGCUUCCGUAUAGAAAUAUGGACAGUACAGUGAUUCCAGACGAUAUCAAGAGCAAUCUGAUUAUAGGGAGGUCCAAAACAAUGCUAAUAUGCUUUGACAAGGCAGAAAGGCAUCUCCCAAAUCGUUGCUUACGGCAAUACGGCAAGUUUCAGUCAAUCCCAGAGGAUGUACAGCGAUGGGAGAGAAAAAGUCGCGGAGUUGAUGGUGGGGUUGACUUGUCAGGGAAAAUGGAGUCAGAGCUUAAUGAAUGGCUGGAACGUCGAUAUCAUAUUGUGGAUGGUGAUGAUGGUGCAGAUGAAAGUGAUUAUAUGCUGUGGUACUUGAAAAUUACACGGAAAUUUAUAGGGAGGCCUAUAUCUCUCUCGUCUGAGUUUCAAAGAACGAAUGCUGGGUUGAGGGAUAUUGCACGCAUAGCAGAUACAUUCAUAACAGAUGGGUUGAACCAACAACAAGCUGAUUCAAUAGUAGAAAUCAGGAAUAUUGCGCAUCAAUGUUUGAGGGACCAGGUAGGUGGUCCGGACAUACCAUCACCUACCCCACAAAGCGAAUUUGGGAAAAGGAUAAGAGGAAAGGAGAGGGUAAGAAGAAAAGGUAUGGGAAAACGUUUGCGGAAGGAUGAUCCAGCACAAUAUAUUACUGCUAGUGAGGAUGAUCAAUCCCAGUUUUGUGGUGCCGCUGGCAGGGUUGAGCAGUUACAUUUUCAGGAUGCACAUAGUGCAGAUCAUUCACAACUAUAUCCUGUUGGCAGUGAGGUCACUGCUUUGCAUAUGAUCAGCGGAGAUGGUGAGCAUGAGAAUAUGCAGCUAUGCAGUGCCGACAUGGGGUUUGAUCAUUCACAGCUAAGCCAUGCGGCUGCUGUGGAAGGUAAUUCUGAGCUAAUCUGUGCAGUUGUGAAGGUCGAUGACACAGAGCUUUUUGAAGCAACCGAAGAGAUCGACUCACAGCUUUGUGAUGCAAUAAAUGAAGUCAAGGACUCACAACGGUCUGAUUCAACUAAGGUAGUCAAUCCACAGAUUUGCAAUGCAACUAAGGUCAUUGACUCACAGCUCCAUGGUGCACAUAACGAGGUUGAUGACUCAGAGCUUCCUCUUGCUUCGAGUGAGAGUGAUCCACACCCAUCUAAAGUUGAAGCAGAGGUUGUUCCAGAGCCUUCUCUUGAACCUCCUCAAGAUAUUGCGCAGCAGAGUAAAUGUAGUGUUGUAGUAUAAAGUAAAGGCACUAUCAUGCAAUUUUCUGAGGCAGCGCGAUCCUAACUAUACAGAAUUACGAAUAUGCAGCUAGAUUAGCAGUCUUGGAAAAGUAACAGCUCCACAUAUAUAUGGCUAGUUGACUAUGCUUGGAUUCAUGUUGAUUAUUGUACUCUUUUGUGCUGUGCAACAAUUUACUACGUCUUUAGUUUAUCGAUUACUCAUUUUUGUUUCCAAAUGUUAAAAUUACCGGAACUUGUAUUUGUUUAGGUACAGGAGAUAAUGUUCCACGCACUAGUAUAAUUUCGUGUAUAGUUUGAUCCCUUUGAAAAUUUUGAUGUUUCAUUUCUUGCCGUUA